UAAGUGGAGUGUCCAGAGAAGCGCUAUAUAGGUGUAAAGAAUUAUUAUUAUUAAGGAAGUAAACAAGAUAUCUAUCUUCAGUCUGCUUUUACUCCUAAGGGUUGUGGCAUGAACAAGACAUGAUUUUAUUAGUUAAUUUAGGAAACUUAUUUAAAGCACUAUAAUGUUGUUUUUUUGCUUUUUUGGGGAAGAUGUGAAUGUAAUGUUUGGAAAUUGUAUCACUAUAAAACUACAGUAUUUUAAAGUAUUUUACCGUACUUUUGCAUGAGUACACACAGCUCCGUCACUCUGUAACACAUCGAAACUCAGAAUCUCACCCCAGCAGCAGGAAGUGAAGGAACGUUGCUCAACCACAGAGGAAGUAGAUGAAAGGUGUGGCCUAAAUUCUAAAUAAAAUAAGUCAAAAGAGUCUGGAACUGCAGCAAAAAUAUAACCUAAAUAAAAAAUUCAAACGUCACAACAGAGCAGAGCCUGAGAACUUUACCCGGGGUCAAAAUGAGCACACAGCUGGGGCAGAUGCUGGCAGACCGGAAAGACAUGGUGGAGGAGUGUAUGGAGCUCCUGGGGAAAGGGACCGAGCUGCUAGCCAGCACUGUGGGUGAGCUCUUCCCUGUCUUUGAGGUUGCAGCUCCAAUCCUGAAGCUUGCUUUGGAUAACAUCGAGUCCACUGAGGCAAAAUACAUGAAGGAGCAGUUCCAGAAGGUGAGGGACAACAUGGAGGUCAUCUCGGAGGAGAUCACCCGCAUCAACGAGGAGAUCAAGAAGAGCCAGGUGGACGCGGAGUACUUCUCUGUGGAGGAGAACCUGACCAACCAGUUCCGCAAGUACAUAGACAUCCUGAACGCCAAGCCCAAGUUCAAGGAGGUCAAGAAGAAGCUCUUCCUGGAGCACUUCAGCAAGACGGGGGGCGACAAGGACCUCCACACUCUGUACAACGCCGUGACGGGGGACAACUUCUCCGGGGAGUCAAUCCUGGAGAUCACGCUCAACUACGAGGAGAAGAGCCGGCGUCCCAUGGAGGAGUUCUGCGCCCGGCUGAUGAGGCUGUUCUGGGUGGGCCUGAUCGUCCUGAUGGGGCACGCCGCUCUGAGCCGGCAGGACGAGGAAGCGCCGCUCAAGGCCUGGAGGGAGAAGAUGCAGGACGUGGAGAAACGUGUGAAGGAGGCGAUCGCAGACUGCACGGAGAAUUUCGCCAGCCAGGCCGAAACGGAUGUGGCCAAAUGGCUCCUGGAGUGGACCGCCGGAGCCCAGCAGGAGCUGUCCGACCACAUCCUCAGAUUCCUGGAAGAAAAGUACGACUGGAUUUCCUGGUCGGUAAGGGUGUAUAACGACUCGGGCUCUUGCAUUUCAAAUUUUUGGGCUGGAAAGAAGUACCAAGGGAUCAGUGGCGGAAAACACUUCACCAUCCAUAAAGACAACACUAAUGUCGUGGUGUCUUACAGCACAAAGCCUGAGCCCAUCGAUAAGACAAAAAUUCAGGAGCUGGUAGAAAGCCGAGGACAGACAAAGAACAUGCAGAAGCUGGCGACGUUCCUCCACAGCCGUUGCCCACAAUGCUUAGCGCACGCGGUCAGCAAGUACAAAGCCGUUGCAGAGUCCAACAACUUUCCAAAGGAAUGUUGCUAUUCUGGAAAGUAUAAAAAAGCCUGCGUAUUUGUGUAUUCAGAUUAGUUUUACGACUUACAUCACUUAAGACUUCUUGCUUGAGCAUAGCUGCUCUUCUAAUCCUUUUUGGACAAAAUUGGAUUAAAUGGAAAUCAUAUCAGAUAUCUGCCCUGCUAGCAUGCAUAAGCAACUCACGACGACCAGAUUCUAAAAGAUUCUAAGAUCUGCCUUCCCUAGUACAUGUUUGUGAUAAGUCAGCCCUGUCCACACCUACCUGUAUGGAAGAGUAGCUGAAUGACCUCUGCUCAUUUGCAAACUUCAAUGCUUCAGACUGUAAGACAGGUUACACAUAAGAAGAUCCGUUCGGGCAGUCUAGCCUGUUUGAUUGCUAGUAGCUUAGUGACCCAAGGAUCUCAUCCCGCUGUUUCUUGAAGGUAGCCAGAGGCUUCAGUAACAUGGCUACACCACACCUUGUGUAAGAAAGAGCCUCCUGUUCUCCAAUUUAAACGCACUGCUAUGCAGUUUCCACGUGUGUCCUCUGGUUAGAGUUCCACUGUUUGUUUUGAACACGUUCGGUGGGAUGACCGGUAUCCUGGUCAAAUUUCCCCAUUGGCCCUUACCAAUCAUGGCCUCCUAAU